AUGGAAACAGAGCUAGUGAGCGAUGGUGUCACCGGCUCACAUGGAAAGCACUGGAGGGCAGACAAGAGAGAAACGGGAAAAGGAGGAGGAAUGAGAAGGUGGGAGGAGGCACUCCAGGCAGCCAGACAGUUCCUCCUCCAGCAGGCCUCGGGUCUCAACUCCCCUGGCAGCAACGAGGUCAAACAGAGCCCUGUCCAGGUACCUGUGUCCAUGGCUAUGAUGAGUCCACAGAUGAUCACUCCUCAGCAGAUGCAACAGAUCCUCUCCCCCCCUCAGCUCCAGGCCCUGCUGCAACAACAGCAAGCUCUAAUGUUACAGCAGUUACAGGAGUAUUAUAAGAAACAACAGGAACAGUUACAUCUCCAGCUUCUGACUCAGCAGCAGCAGCAACAGCAGCAACAACAACAACAGCAACAGCAACAGCAGGCCGGGAAGCAAGCGGCAAAAGAGCAGUUAGGUAGCAAGCAGCUGGCCUUCCAGCAGCAGCUUAUUCAGAUGCAGCAGCUUCAGCAGCAGCACAUACUCAACCUCCAGAGACAAGGCCUCGUUCCACUGCAGCCCACCGCCGCCAUGCAGUCUCUGCAGCAAGCGAUGUGCCCAUCAGACCUCCAACAGCUGUGGAAGGAAGUAUCAGGGGUGCCGAGCAGUGAGGAGGCCCUCAAACAGGCCGAGGGCCUGGACUUGAGCACCAACAGCUCCAAUUCUACCUCAGCCUUCCCCAAAGCUGCAAGUGCUCACAUUCCUCUGCACAGCCUGCCCAACGGACAAAGCCACACCCCAAAGAGAGACAGAGCCAGACUGUUUGAGUGGAUAUCCUCCUUCACCAAGGCAGACAGCGGAGAUGACCAUGUCCCCCUUUACUCCAAAGGCAGCCAACUUCCGAGCAGCCAUCACGAGGAGCAUGCCGGCUCCCAUCCGUUAUAUGGCCAUGGAGAGUGCAAGUGGCCUGGCUGCGAAGCACUGUGUGAGGACAUGGGACAGUUCAUCAAGCACUUGAACAAUGAGCAUGCCCUGGAUGACCGCAGCACUGCCCAGUGCAGAGUCCAGAUGCAGGUGGUGCAGCAGCUUGAGAUACAGCUGGCAAAAGAGAGCGAACGACUUCAGGCCAUGAUGACCCACCUGCACAUGCGUCCCUCAGAGCCAAAACCUUUUAACCAACCGCUGAAUCUGGCUUCCAGUGGCUCCCUUUUAAAGCGGGACAGCGAGGCCUACCCAGAGGGUCUCCCCCACCCUCCCACCUCAGCUGCCACCCCAAUCACCCCUUUGCGCCAGGGACCCUCCGUCAUCAGCUCUUCCAGCCUGCACACACACUCUCACUCUCACGCACACGCUGUUGGACCCAUACGCAGGCGCAACUCUGACAAGUACUGCACCCCUAUCGCCUCAGAACUCGCACAGAACUGUGAGUUCUACAAGAACGCUGAUGUCAGGCCUCCCUUUACCUACGCCUCUCUUAUACGUCAUGCCAUUCUGGAAUCCCCAGACAGACAGUUGACUCUCAAUGAGAUCUACAACUGGUUUACACGAAAGUUUGCCUAUUUCAGGAGAAAUACAGCCACAUGGAAGAAUGCUGUGCGCCACAACUUAAGUCUGCACAAGUGCUUUGUCCGCGUUGAGAACGUGAAGGGUGCCGUGUGGACUGUGGAUGAAGUUGAAUACCAAAAGAGGAGACCACCAAAGAUGACCGGAAGUCCCACUCUGGUGAAAAACAUGAUUUCUGGCCUGGGCUUUGGAUCCCUAAACGCCAGCUACCAGGCGGCGCUGGCAGAAAGCAGUCUGUCCCUGCUGAACAGCCCCCCGCUGGUGACCCCUCCGUCUGCGGCCAGCCUCAACAUGCUACACGUGGGCCACGAUGAUGUCAGCUCCACCGUGGAACAGGUCAACAGCAACGGCAGCUGCAGCCCCACGCUCAGCCCUCAACAGUACGGCCACCCGGUGCAUGUGAAGGAGGAGCCCACUGAGCUGGAAGAGGACAGUCGGCCAGUAUCCCUCCUGGCCGGUGUCACACACAGCCUUCCAUUGCCGAGUGACGAGCGGGACCUGGAGGAGGAUCUCCCCACAGAGGAGCUCGAGUAGGAAAGAUCAACGGCAAACCGGAGGGAUGGGACUUACACAGAUCCCCGAGCCCUCUCGCCUGUGUGAGGAGGAAAAGAUAGCAGCAGUACACUCAAGAGAAAAGAGAGAAGAGAGAAAAAAAAAGUGAUGUUUUUUUGUUUUGUUUUUUUUUCUAAGAAAAUUCAAGCAACCAAGGAUGACAUUGAGAAACUCAAAACAGGGUUAGAUUAAUUUUGUUACUUUCAGACGCAAAAACAAGACUGUGGAGCACUGCUUUACCUCCGUGUGUUGCUUUCUCAACACACGGCUCAGAGGUGUAACACCACUUAAUGCAUACACAUUCACAAAAAAUGUGCGCGCACACUCGUACAGUUGUCAGUCCAUGACUCAUUGUCCUGCCUGGAAAUAUCACCCACUAUGUAGAGACCCCAGGAGGCGUGGACACACACUUUCCGGCUUGCAUACACGCUCCUCUCUGUGGUCUCUGGCUGCCUGACUGACCAUUUUGUCAAAGCGGAGAAGAAACACAGAAGUGUGUGUUCGAAAGAAGACACGCACACAGGGUCAUGUGUAUAUAGAAUUGGAGCAGUCACCAAUGGCCGGAUGCUUCUUCUUCCCCUCUUGAGUCAGUCUCUUGGUUUUUUUAUUUUCUUGAUUUGAGUCAAAUUAAAUGGGCGUCGAGAUGAGGAGGAAGAAUUCGCGUUUCCAAAAUUCCCCCCCACACCUGUGUGUGUGUGCGUACAAAGAGGCUGACCCUGGUCACCGCCCCAAACCUCUGCCAGCAGCAAGACACUUAGCGAGGGACAUCUUUUAAACUUUUUGCUUCAAAGUAGUGAAAACGAAGACAAUUUCAUGCCGUAUCUACAUCCCACCUCAUUCCAAACACCCCCCCAACCCCAGGAAGACUGCGGGAACAGGACCAUUUGGUGCUGUCCUUCUCUGCUCCAUUCGCAGUUGGAGUGAUGAAAGCAUGAAACACUUGAGAGAAAAAGAAGAAAAGACGGGAGGCAGUGAAAAACGAGGAGGCAGCAUCUACAGAUACAUUGUGACUAAAAAAGAAAACUGUUGAUGAUUAUGGAAUAUAACAAGAAAAACUGUGUGGUAGCUUUUGUCAUUUUCUUUUUUUUUUUUUGGGUUGUUUUUUUUGUUAUGGUAUUGUUUAUUUUCAAGGAUCGAUAUUUCCAAGGUGGUGAUGUGUUUUGACAUACCUUUUCUACAGAUGCUGUUUUUUGUUUCGUUAGCUGUUUGAUUUACUGUGGUUGUUCACACCAUUCCAGAUAAGUAUUGGCAAAAAAAUAACAACACAAAAAUGCGCAGUAUUGUCCCAACCUUACCUGUCCCUGUCCCAUGUGUAGCAGGCAAGAAAAUUAGAAAUAGCACUUAAAGUUGACAUCAUCCAGACAGAUUAUUUAAUACCAGAAACUUUUUUUUUUAAUUCUCUCUCACUCUCACUGUUAUUUUUUUCUUUUGGUUGUGUAUUUAGUUGAGAAAUAUCUGUAAUGCUUUAAAAAAUAUAUAAAUAUAUAAUAUUACUGCAGUCAGAGAAUACCUCAUCCCACAAAGGUUCUACCCAGAAAAGUGUCCAAAUUGAUAAAGAAGUAAGGGGGAAUUCUUUCUGUGGGACACCAAAUGUGGCAACUCUGCUCAGCUUCGAUUCAAAGCUCUAUCGUUGUAAUGGUUACUGUCUAGAAGCUAUCUGCAAUUCACUGUGUGAGUUUGUGUUUUCACGUGAGAUUUGUUUCUUUGUUUUCCAUGAUAUCAAAGCAUUACUUCUCUCUACAGUGCCAUGCCAAAUUUAUCAUUUAUUUUAAUCUAUUAUCUGCUUGUUCCCAUUUUAUUUUUGUUACAGGUAACCAAAGAAAUAUGUAGAAAACCAAAAACCCUGUAGUUUAUUUUGCCCUUUGUUUUCAUUUUUUCCUUUUUUUUUGUUUUAAUAUCUUAAAGAACUGGCCAAAAGACCACAAACCAGGAGUUUGAAUUCUUAUUGUUGUACCAACAUAACUAUUGCAUAGAAAUUACAUGAUUUACAGUGCUGACCAUCCCAAAAACCAAAGUAUGUAAAGCAGAGUAGAAUUUGGAGACAGUUACAAAGGACUCAGAUUAGGCAUAAGGCCAAAAACAAAUACAAACCUUGCACGGUUCCUCUGGAAAAAAAAAAGACGAUAGAAGAAAAUAGCACUUAAAGAUGAAACCCUGUCUCUCUCAUACUCAGGCUCAACUGUGUUACAAACACAAUCCCGGGAUGGACCCUAGUUACAUUUUCUUCAACACUAAUAUUUAUCAGUCCAUCAUUGUCAGAGGCCAGUAUAAAGAGAGGCUGAACAACGAGCAUUACAAGGUACUUUUUGUGCUUGUUUUCUGUUAUGAACAUUGGGAGUUUGUGAGACUAGAAAAACAGAGAAAAGCCCUCUCGAUCUGUCCGUGCUGUUCUUGAAUAGGUGAAGUGUAUUCAAAAGAGUCCCAUCUUUUGACAGGGAGGAGUUAUUCCAAAUAUGUAUUAGAAAAACAUCAACAAAGAGGGAACAGCAUAAAAAUGAGGAAAUUAUACCCAUGUGAAAGGAAUUAAACCAAGGGACAUCAUUUAAUUUGAAGUUUCAUCCAUGUUUUUUUGUCAAACUAUGUUGCACUUCAAACGUUUUUUUUCUUUUUUAAUGAAAGAACCUUUCUGAGGACUGCUCUCUGUCACAUUAGAGACGGAUUGUCUAACAGAGUACAAAAGUGACAGACUUCUUGAAAUGAGAUAAAAACCAAAAAUAACACUACCUCCUUUUCAAAACUGUUCAACACAUAGCCAGUGGAAGAAACUCUCAGAUAUUUUUCUCCACUUUUCCUCAUUGAUAAGAAUAAUAAUAACGAAUGCCAAACCUGUUGUUACACUUACUGCAUCACGGGAAAAAAAAGAUUUUUGGCGAUCUGGACUCCCUUACACAUCUGCUUGAGCCCAAAAAACAUAGAGACGCAUUUCCAUAUGGUUAAGAAUGACUACCUCUCCGUAAACCGCAUCUAAAGCGCUCAGGGCUCCUCAAAAAGUUUUGAGAAGCGCUCACUACAUGUAACCCGUUUUCUACCAACUGCGUAAAACUGACCACCUGGUUAACACUGAACUCCGUGAACAGCCUUUCAACUGUGAGAUUUCACUGUAAGCGUGCAUGUUCACGGUGGGGCUUUGCUCUCAGAGGCUGGUCGUAAAUGGCUAUGUGUUGUUGCGGGGAGCUGGUUGUCCGAGGUAGUGAUGGGUUGAAUACUUUAGUGCCACAACACACAGACACACAGGCGUAUAACAGAAGCCGGGCUAUUGGUUAGUGAUAACACAAGCUCCAGCCAUCUUGAUAUCCAAAGACAAACAAAACAGCAGAACCCCCAUCACCAAAACACUCACGAGAAUGUUGAGAGGACAAACACACUUUGAAACUCAUCACUACUACUUUUAGGAUCCAAACCAAGAGGAACUGCUGCAUCCAGAACAUUGAUUAUAUCGUACUUGUGCUUUAAGGUACACCUGUAAACAAAAACAGUUUUAUAAAGAUGUAGAUUGUUCACAGGUCACCACAUAACACUUCUGUUCUUUCUCCAGCUUCGCAUUACAUGGUGUAUUCUUGUAUAUUAAUGCUUGGCUUAUCUCUCCAGGGCUUUCUUUCCUAUUUUGGCCUUUGAUUUUUUUCUCUUAUCCUUUGAGGUUUCUUGUUUUUUUCUGCACCUGUAAAGCUAUUGUAAAGCUUUCAGCUCUGAUUCCUAUACUGUACUGCUAAUGCUGAAUAUAUGUAUUUAUCAUAUUAAGUGCUGCAGGUAUCUUGGUUUAAUAGUUUUUUUUUUCCUUGUUUGUUUUUUGUUUCCAUUUUUCAGUUCUUCAUGAAACGUCUGGGACGCUGAUUUUUUAAGUGUAUUAUCAAAAAAAUGAAAAGAAUUAAAGUUAGAUCAGUGGUUUAGGUAACACCUGUUUGUAUAUUUAUCUUAGCUAGGUCUAUUUUGAUACUUUUUUUGUCUCUGUACUGCAUUUAUGCAUUUUUAAGGAAAGAAAAAAAAAAACAACAAAUGGAAAACAAACUUAAAAGUUUCUUCACCAUGUAUUGAUACCUCAGAAGGACUAUUUCCUCCAAGACAGGACCAAAACCUCUGUUGAGAGAAAGAAAAAGAGGAAAAAUGUAAGAAUAUGUAGCCCCUCUCUCUUGCUUUAAAAGAAACGCAGAGCUCUAGAAAAGUAUUGCUGUUGAUCCUUUCAGGUGCCAAUAUGUGUCCCUGCUCCUUGUGACCCCUCUCUGUGACCCUGACCCCUGUCAUUCCUGUGCUGAAUUCCCGCCCGCAGACCUGUCACCCGUCUGCAGGUGCCAAGGGGCUGUCACUGAGUCAAACAACUGGCAAGUGGUGAUCAGCCACAAACCUCAUCUCCCAGUCCCACAGAGGCUGAUCAAAGACCCACACUGUUGCAUUUUUGAUACACCUCCUCUUGCAUAGUCUCAAUACCAAAAUGUGGAAUGGCUCUCAGAGAUGCAGCUCAUCUUCUGGCUACCAAAGGCAUUGCGAGCCAAUAUUGCUUAGUCCAAACUCCUUAACUGUAACCAAACUGUAACCAAACCAAUGCCACAAGUUUAACCAACCAAAAACCAAGCUAAUUCCAAAACUCUUCAUCAGCUGCACAUCUCACUGGACUUACCCCUCCUACAUCCACAUAACAGUAUUGUUGGAGCAGCCUAAGUCCCAUUGGCUUGGGACUGACUCAAAGGAUGCAGGGAGAUCAAAACCUGUGAUUGGUCAAGUUCUGAGGUGUCAUAUGAGGGGGAAGGGACGCUCAAAGUGAAGCAUUGCCUGACGGUAUUAUGAAACAGAAAGCCAGAAUUUGAUGGAACUACCACUUCAGCUCUCCUCUGGUUGAACCUUAGGAAUGUGUGUACAUUUUCAGCAGUGACUCUCUUUAUUGAUUCUUAGUUCAGUUUACCUGUUUACCUCUCUUUAUCCUUUGGUUUUUGUUAUGUUUCUUGUUAUUUGAAAGUGUGACCUGAGGAAGAGGUGGGAACAGGGACUGGGUGGUGGCUUUAGACAGACAGUGGAGCCCAGUCCUCUGACCCUCCAUCCCGGGGUAGCCAUGUAAUGCCAGUCACUGCCCUUUCCUUCAUGCUGUAUAAAAAAAACACACAUUUAUCUGUGUAUUUGUAACCUGAAUCUUCUUGUGUCUGUCCAUGCAGACAAUAAAAAACUGUACAGUAGGUCUAGUUGCAUGUAAUCUGUACUAAUUAUUGACAAUGGCAUUAUAAAAUGCAAUAAAAUACUUAUUACACUG